AUGCGGCGUGGAUCCCACACAGAGGAUGAUGUCAAAGGCUAUAUACCAAACCAAGAGCGAUUCAAGCAAUUUUCUCACCUUAAAAUCAAGACGAUAUGUAUCAUUAAUGCUAGCUCAAAAAUAGAUGCUAUUAACUUAGAAGAGAACACUAGGUAA